AUGGAUGCGUUCAAGUUAUUGACAAGGUCCACCAAGUUCAAGGCUGGUAAUACCCUGUCUUCGACCCUGCCUUCCAAAGGCAAGGCCGAGAACCCCCAGCUUUUCCGUGACGAAACGCUCCUGGAGUCAAAUGCUUCCGGGAAAAAGAGGAAGCGCACGCAAGCCGCGGGUGAUUCAGAUGCAGAAGAUGGCAAUGCUGGCGAUCUAGAUUUCUUUGGCUCAGGUAAACGGUCUGCGGCCAGCGCAUCGGCGAAAAAGGAUGAAGAUGGACCGUCUGAGCAGAAAGAUGCAUCUGAUUCCGAAGGCGAUGAUUCGAUGGAUGAAGUCGAGCGCCGGACGAUCUUGAACUCUCACAAGAUCAAGGUCACUGAUAUGCGUGACUUCGAGGAAGUUCAACCCACUCAGCCUCAGAAAGAGGAAUCUAAGAAGAAAAAGAAGAAGAGAAAGCAGCAGGAAGAGGAGCCUGCUCAAACGCUCACUAAGAAAGAGCAGAAGAAAGCCCGGCGGUUGUUUCCGGAGCCUUUGAUUUCCUUCAAACAGCUGCGCACCAAGUACAACAUUUCCCGACGACUCGCGGAAAACAUUGCUGAGCAAGGCUUUACUGUCCCUACCGAAGUUCAACUAGGAAGUCUUCCUCUUUUGCUCGGAGACCAAUCGGUGGCUCAGAAGUCGGGCACCGGGAAGAGUAUCGAACCGGAUCUACUGGUCGUUGCGCCUACAGGAAGUGGCAAGACGCUAUCAUUCAUGAUUCCGGUGAUCAACAAGAUUGUCCGGCACCAUCACGAAGAUCCGGAGGAACGAGGUAUCUUGUCUGUUGUGAUUGCCCCGACAAAGGAGCUUGCUAGCCAAAUCGUCAACGAAGGCCGCAAGUUAGCUCUGGGAACCGGUGUGAAGAUCACCCUGAUGAAGAAGGGCAUGCGUGUGGUAGAGCGUGAUGACGAAGACGAUAGCAAAGAUGUCCUAGAUGAAGAUGAUUCGGAAUCGUCGGGCUCUGAAGAUGAUGAAAAGGCUACAGCAAAAAACAGCAAAGGGAAGGCGCCCGUCACUAAGAGCGACAUCCUCGUAACAACACCAUUGCUUCUGGUUAACGCGCUCUCUGCAAACCGGACGAAGCCGUUGGCGACUCUCCCUCUGGUGAGGAAUGUGGUUCUGGAUGAGGCUGAUGUUCUCCUGGACCCUCUGUUCCGCGACCAAACACUUGACAUCUGGCGCUCCUGCACGCAUCCUGAGCUUCGAGCAAGUCUCUGGUCAGCGACGAUGGGGUCGAAUGUCGAAGACCUCGCUAAGUCAACGAUCAAGGAGCGGAAGGACACUCUAAGCGAGACCAAGUCUUAUCCGCUGCUUCGUCUGGUGGUUGGCCUCAAGGACUCUGCCAUUCCAAACAUCAAGCACAAGCUGGUUUAUGCUGCCACCGAACAAGGAAAGCUGCUCGGUCUUCGUCAGCUCCUGCACCCCGCCGCAGCAUCAUCUACGGACAUCCGUUUACGCCCACCUUUCUUGAUCUUCACUCAGACAAUUCCCAGAGCAGUUGCGUUACACUCAGAGUUGCGCUACGAUAUUCCUCCCGAGGCGGGUGGCUCGUCACGUAUUGCUGUUCUCCACUCUGAGCUAUCAGACGGCCAACGUUCCGAAAUCAUGAAGCAGUUCCGAAAGGGUGAAAUCUGGAUCCUCGUCACCACAGAUCUUUUGGCCCGUGGCGUUGACUUCAGAGGUAUCAACGGGGUUGUUAACUACGAUAUCCCGAAUUCCGCUGCCGUCUACGUCCACCGUGUUGGACGGACGGGCAGAGCUGGCCGUGAAGGUGGCAUUGCAGUCACAUACUACACCAAGGAGGAUAUUCCUUAUGUCAAGAGCAUCGCCAACGUAAUCGACGUCAGCGAGAAGCUACGGGGCACAAAUGAAGACAAGUCGGUACAGAAGUGGCUGCUGGACGCUCUUCCGGACCUCAGCAAGAAGAAGAAGGAGGAGCUCAAGAAGCACGGCGUCAAGGCCAGGCAGACCCAAGGCACGAAGGACGACAAGAAGAUGAGGAUUAGUACCAAGAGUGGUUACGAGAGACGCCAGGAGAACAAGAAGAAGGCUCUCAUCUCAGCCAGCCGCAACAGGAAAUCUCAACCACAGUCAGGCGCAGACUCUGGCAGUGACGACGACAACCAGGGCUGGCAAGGACUUGAGGACUAG